AUGGCAUCGCAACAACCAAAUCGCGACGCCUACGGCGCUGGAGGCCACGACUGGAUAGAUGAAGACGACAACGACUUUGAGAUGGACUUUGACUACCCGGACGAAAUCGAUUAUUACAGCGUGCUAGGCGUCUCGCGAAACCCGCCUCCUGCCGACAGCCAGCUCCGUUCUGCCUACCACAACCUGACGCUGAGCUUCCACCCGGACAAGCAACCGGCGCAUCUGGUCGAGGCAGCCAAGGCGCAGUUUGAGCGUGUCCAAGAAGCCUACGAGGUGCUGAGCGACCCGAAGAAGCGAAUCGUGUACGAUUUAGAAGGCGCGGCCGCGGUCCACCGAGAAUGGGGUUCGCAAGGUCUCAUGUCAAGGAGGACGGAGCGCGAUGACAGCAACAAGCAGCUUGGGCACAGAGCCAUGGCUCCAGAGGAGUUCAAGCAGUGGUUUAUCAAGAAAAUGAAGGCAAAAGAAAGGAAAAUGAUCAAUGAACUGGUUAGCGCUAGGGGCUCUAUUACAAUCGGUCUUGAUGCGUCCUCUAUGGUGUCUCCCGGCGACGAGGAGGGCGAAGUCUACCUUAGUGUGCCUAUCGUACGCCCGAACCGAGCCGGUGUCUCGUACGCCUUUACCGCUCCACUGCCCGACAUUUUUAGCCUCUGGUCAUCGGGCAGUGAUGACCUUGAAGCUAGUAAUGAAGAAUCAGACCAGGGCAAAAAGAACCGAACAGAGCCAGACUCUUCUUCCCCCGAAGUGACAUUCAAUGCAGGAAUCAAUGGCAUUGUACAGAGCUCUGAAAAAAAGGUGAGAUACAUGGACAAUGGCGUCGAAAAGAUCACCAAGGUUCGCGGCCGGCCUGUUAUCACGCCAGCAGUCUUCAACUUGGGCGCCAGCAUUAGCCAUACGUUUUCCAAUAUAGGGUUACGAGCAGGCCCCAAGUCGGAGUCAUGGUUGUGGUUAGAGAAUGCUACCGUUGGUGGCCAGGUCCACAUCUUCCCAUACCAGGCCUUGAGCGUACAUGUAUCGAAAGCAGUAUCGCCUUUCCCAUUCGCCAGACAAGUCAACAUCUCCGCCUCAGCUACCGUGACUCACCCCCAGCAAAGUAUGCCGACUCUAGGUCUAAAUAUUUCUCGCGCUCUUGGGACCAACAGUUUCGGUUCCAUGGCGUUCUCAACUGGAACGAUUCUUUGGCCACAUUCUAUCCAAACCAUGCUUACGUCGCUAUUUGCUUUAUUUGUCGACUCGUCACAAAUUUCCAUGGUGCCCGCACAGCCUAGCUCACUAAACAUGAAAUAUGUCUGUGUCCCGGAGAUAAUGACUCCUGCCGAGGCAAAACAACUCGAUAUGCCGCAGCCUUCAACCAAAAGAGAAUCAUGGCAAUGCGAAGCGAAUGCUUCUCCACUUGGGGGCAGUUUGUCAUUGAGCUAUGGCCGCACAGUUUUCGGCGAAAAACUUGAAGACCCGCCGCUCUCAGAAUGGAAUCUGGAUGGUUACCAUCCUACCGCAAUACCAAAGAGUUUCCGGGGCGUUCGCGUGGAAGCAGAAGCAAUUUUGGGGUUUACUGGGAUGGGAUGGAAUGUCACUGCCCAUCGAAAAGUCAGUUCGUUUUCCAGCCUCGGGCUGGCUAUUGGGCUGCGUGACGAGCGUGGCCUCACAAUGUCGCUUUCCUGGCGCCGUCUGGGGCAGACUAUAAAAGUGCCUAUUGUUAUCUGCCCUAUUGACCUAGCCGACGCCCAUCUUUCCUUUUGGGCUGUCAUGGUGCCCUGGCUCACAUAUGUCGGCAUUGAAUUCACCGUUGUCCGACCGCGCGAAAGGCGGCGACGAUACGAUGCUUUGAAGCGCAGACGUAGACGCCUCAACGCCAAAGUUCCAGCGCACCGAGCCGAAAGCGCACAGCAGAUUGAGAUGAUGGCCGAGUUCGUCCAGCGGAGACAGGACCGUGAGCGUGUGGAUGGGGGGCUCUUCAUUGAGAAAGCUGAAUAUGGAUACAUGCCUUUGAAGAAGUCGACGACGACGAAGAAGAACAAGGGUGGCGAUUCUGACGAGCAGAGAGUCGUCGACGUGACCAUCCCUGUGGCUGCAUUGGUCGAGAAGCGUCAGCUCGUGAUAUCGAAAAACACUAUUCGGUUCCAACUAACAGGGUUCUAUGACCCAGCUCCAUUGUUACCAAAGACAUUAAAAAUAUGGUAUACUUUUGGCAAUCAGCGGCACUACGCCGAAGUCAACGACGGACAAGAUUUAUUAUGUCCGAGGAGGGAAGACUUGGUUGAUCUUUAA